CGCCGUGUGUCCCGGGGUCGGGCGGAACCCGCGCGGGCCCUUUAAGGGCCGGGGGCGUGUAGCGGGCCCGCCCCCUCCCCGCCGCGCCGGCAGCCGGUAAAGUGCGAGCCGGGGCGGAGGGCGCCGGAUCCGGCCGCGGCGUGCGUCCGAGCGAGCGCGGGGAGCGGCCGUUCACGCGGAGCCCGGCGCGCCAUGUACACCAUCACCAAGGGGCCCAGCAAGCUGGUCGCGCAGCGCCGCACAGGUCCCUCGCAGCAGCAGGUGGAGAGCAGGCUCGGCGAGCUCCUGAAAUGCCGGCAGCCCGCGCCGCCGACCGCGCCGCCCCCGCAGGCGCAGCCCUUCGCGCAGCCGCCGGGACCCUGGCCCCUGUCGAGUUCCGGGCCGAGGCUUGUGUUCAAUCGCGUGAAUGGCCGGCGGCCCCCUGCCACGUCCCCAUCUCUCGAGGGGACCCAGGAGACCUACACACUGGCCCACGAGGAGAACGUCCGCUUUGUGUCCGAAGCCUGGCAGCAGGUGCAACAGCAGCUGGAUGGUGGCCCAGCCGGUGAGAGUGGGCCGAGGCCCGUGCAGUACGUGGAGAGGACCCCCAAUCCCCGGCUUCAGAACUUCGUGCCCAUCGACCUGGACGAGUGGUGGGCGCAGCAGUUCCUGGCUAGAAUCACCAACUGUUCAUAGCGGCUGCCUGGGAAGGAACGCCGCCUCGGUGGACCCUUCGCCAGAGAAGGACCUUGGUGCCCCAUCCACCCACUGCGGCCUGGCCAGGCGCCGGCCACACCUGAAGUGCCAGCAUCUGGACUUUUGCACCUGUUGUUUCCUUGGCUCAGCUGUCCCAAGCUGCCGGGGGCCAGGGGCCAAACCUGCCUGACCUCAACCCUGCUCACUGUGCCCAGGGACCAGCCCCUGGGGCCGGCAGGGAGGAGCUCCGGUCUAAUAAAAUUGAGAAACUGCC